CUCUCUCUCUCUCUCUCUCACACACACACACACACACACACACACACACAAAAAUUAUCACACUUGAGCCUCUAUUUAUUUGUUACUCCCCCACUUUCCCUCCCCAAGGAUAGGAAGUUUCGACUUGAGCCAUUAAUAAUGAGAUCCUCAAACAUCAUUGUCUUCUGCUUACUUGCAACUGCCUUCUAUUUCCUCUCCCACACAAUCAGCUCUUCUUCUCCCCCAACAUUUCUCCCGGGAAGGCGAUCGUUGAGAACACUGAACAUGUCCUCCUCCAACCGUCAAGACGAAUACCAGCAAGUCAAGGUUAAUGCAGAGAUAAAGAGAUCAAUAAAAAACCUAGAAGAUUCCAUGGCAAUCGAACAUGGGAUUAAGGAAGAUGCAGAGGAGCUCCUCUACCACAUUGAUUAUCAUGGAGUGAUGACUCAUCCAACUCCCAUUCCCAAGCAUCCCUAACCACACAGUACCAUAUAAGUUUUUUCAUGCAAGGAAUAUAUAUAUAUAAUGCAUAUGUAUCUAGCAUUAAUACUAAAUAAUGUAUAAUCAAUAGAUGUAAUGAUGUAUUGUUUGAUCAUAUUUUGAAUAAAAAUAGUUUUGGAUUGAUUUCGUUUUUUA